UCGUACGGUGAGCUGUCCAACAGAACAGAUUUGAGGAGAAGUUGACGAGCAUUAGCUAGCACUCGUCUCUUUACGGAGUCAAAAUCUAUAGUUAUUUCCCGCUUGUUCCGUGUGUAGUGAAGGCAGCAGGAGACCAUGGACGUGGUCCGGGGGUUAUUGUGCCUGUUCUCGGUGCUGGUAUCUGAGAUGUUCAUGGUGGCCGCGUUCUCCCAGAGCCUGGACAGCGACUUCACAUUUACACUCCCUUCCGGACGGAAGGAGUGCUUCUUCCAGACCAUGAAGAAGGACGCAUCGCUGGAGAUAGAAUAUCAGGUGUUGGACGGAGCAGGUCUGGACGUUGACUUCAGCCUGUCCUCUCCUACUGGACACGUUCUGUACAGCGACCACCGCAAGUCAGACGGAGUACACACUGUAGAGACAGAGGACGGAGACUACAUGUUUUGUUUUGACAACUCGUUCUCGGCAGUGUCGGAAAAGAUCAUUUUCUUCGAGCUGAUCAUGGACAACAUGGAACAGGAAGGGGAGGAGCCAGAGGACUGGAAGGAGUACAUCCAUGGGACUGACAUGUUGGACAUGAAGCUGGAGGACAUCAUGGACACCAUCAACAGUGUUAAAGCCCGGCUGGGGAAGAGCCUUCAGAUACAGACGCUGCUCAAAGCCUUUGAGGCCCGCGACCGCAACGUACAAGAGUCCAACUACAACCGGGUCAACAUGUGGUCCAUGACCAACAUGCUGGUGAUGGUGCUGGUGACAGGGGUGCAGGUCUACCUCAUCCGCUCGCUGUUCGACGACAAGAGACACACACGCACGUAACAACCCGCCCACUGGGAGGGGUCGGGGAGGGACCGGCAGCUCUGUCUUGAUCAGCCAGCCAAUAGGGAGUGGGGACUGGUGGUGAAGAUGCGACCGUAACUCAUUGGUUUUUAUGUACAACAUGCACUCACAUAAAUCACACAUCCUUAGACACAAAUGACCUACCCGUCCAGUCUCUUCAUCUGCUCUGUCUAGCUGCUGAGGGGACUGUAUUCGUAUCUGCUCUGUCUAUCUAAAAAUCAGUGGAGGGUGAGACACCAGCCAGACCUUCAGAGUCAUUGGCUUUUAAAAGCGAGCGUAACGAACAAGUGUUUACCAUUGAUAUGGUAAUGUUGUGACCUCUCAACUUUGUCUUCCAGACACUGAGGUGAGACUGUUCUGUCCGUGUCACAUCUUUCAAUGUCUUCCAGUAUAUGAUCUGUAAGUCAUGUUGCCAAGCCUUUUACUGGAGUUGGUGGUUGAUAUACCUUUAGAGAUUCUGAUUUAGCAGUCUGUGCCAUACUACCAAAACUUUUGCCUUCCAAACCGUGGCUGGAGUGGACAGCACACACACACACAUUUCUUCAUAGAAACAUCUGCUGCCUGCCAGUGCCAGCCCUCCUUUCUCUGGCUGGCCUUUCGGCUGCUUGGUGAGUAGAGUAGGGGAAAGGGAAUAGUUUCUUCCGUAACCCUCUAAAUCACUGCUGUACUCUUCCACUCCCUCCUCCUCCUGACAUCCACCUAUAACUCAUGUCCUGAUGGUCUAAUGUCAGACUUAGUGCCGACAGGCGAGUCUGGUUUCAGUCAUACAGGCUGAUGAGAUGUGGAGUCCGCUCUGCCCCUCUCUUUUUCUCUAGUGACCACAUUCUAUUUCUAACAACCACACCCUGCACCUCAUUGGCGCAGCGACGGUUACGGGAGAAGGGUUGCUUGGGACUGAAUGAGGUGGGGAGUGGUUGAGAGAUCCACUCAUUUGGCUUUAUUUUGUAGGUUGUCCAAUAGUGUACAUGAGAGCUACAAACUUACACACUUGUGGUUGAUACACUGAUAUGUGCCAAGAUUUUGGAGCAGCCAAACAAGUUGUCUGAUUGCGCUCUAAAUGCUCCCUAUAUUACAGAAAUGUUCCUAUAAAUACUCACUGUGCUGCUGUGUUGAGUAACACCCCACCGCUAUCUUGUGGCUGGACAGUGAACUGCUCACAUGACUAUCUCACCUCUAGGACUGGCUUUAAAAUAUAUAUAUAUAUUUUUUAAAUUUAACCUUUAUCUAGGCAAGUCAGUUAAGAACAAAUUCUUAUUUACAAUGACUGCCUACUCCGGCUAAAUCCAGACGAUGCUGGGCCAAUUGUGCACCACCCUAUGGGACUCCCAAUCACGUCCGGAUGUGAUACAGCCUGGAUUCAAACCAGGUACUAUAGUGAAGUCUCUUACACUGAGAUGCAGUGCCUUAGACCGCUGCACCACUCGGGAGCCCGGCUUUCAACCUAUCCCUGCUUUGAAAUAUGAAAUGUUACAGUGAUGCAGCUCUCUUUUACAAUGAAAGAAUAACAACAUAAAAUGAUGUUUGAGGGGUCUUGCAAUGUGCUAUUAUGAGCUCCCUCUCAUUUACAGCUACUCAAACCAUUGGGCGAGUUAGUUUUGCAUAGCAUGGUGCCCUGGGUGGGCAGAGUUUACGCAUUUUAGACCAUUUCAUUAGUCCUUAAGUAAAAUCUCCACCUACACCGGGCCAUGCCAAAUUAACUCGCCCAUUGUAAUGGGUUGUAUUGCCACUGCCUCUCUCUGCCCACCAUUCUGUGUCAUUAGUAUUUUAGCUGAUGCUCAAACAAGCAUCACAUUGGGUGAUUUUAAUAAGUAAAAUUAAGAAUGUUUUUAAUCCACAGAAUUUCACUGUUCUCUUCCAACCUUUUGUUCCUUGCUGAACAAGACAAUAUUAUAUUUUGAAGAACAGACUCAACUCUUACCCUACAGACAAGUUGUUUAGGUGAAGGUGUUUUACUUUACUAAUCUGAUGGAACAAGGAGAGGAGAAAAUAUUCUGGGAUAUUUAUCAGAAUAAUGUUCUGUAAAUGUAUGUAAAUGAAACAAUCCUACUUUUCUGAACAUGUCACGUUGUUUCCUUUGACUUCAAAUGGGUGGCAGGUUGGUGAGAAAUAAACUUUAGACAGAUCCAG